AUGCCGGCUAAAGCUCCUGUAUACUUCUUCAGCCACGGCGGCCCAACUGUCCAAUAUGAGACAAAGCAUCCGGCAUACUCGGUGCUGCAGAACAUCGGCCAAGAAAUCACUAAGAAGGUAAAGCCAUCGGCUGUUGUGGUCUUUUCCGGUCAUUGGGAAGGAUCGCGCGACACCAUUGAGGUCAACACUGCGGAGCAUACCGACCUCAUAUAUGACUUCUAUGGUUUUCCUUCAUACAUGUAUGAGGCCAAAUACCCCAGCAGAGGCAGCCCAGAAUUAGCCAACAGAAUCCUCGGUCUUCUAGGCGACGCCGGCAUCAAGGCUAAAGGCGUGACGCGAGGCCUUGACCAUGGAGUCUGGUCUGGGUUCAACGUCGCAUUCGACCCGGAGAAGAACCCCCUAGGUGUACCGCUUGUGCAGGUCAGCUUGUAUCAUAGCGAGGACCCUGACAUGCACUAUCGUCUUGGCCAAGCAGUCGCAUCACUGAGAGACGACAAUAUUGUGAUCAUUGGCGCUGGCAUGUCGGUGCAUAACAUAAGAGACAUGUUUGCGACUCGUGGUGACCCGCGGCCGCUGCCGUACACGGUGUCGUUUGACGAGGCAUUGAAGGAUGCUACCGAAGCCGCGCCGGCGGAGCGACAGGCUCGGAUGGCGGAAGUUACUCGACGACCUGAUGCGAAGCAGGCGCAUCCAUGGAUGGACCACUUGAUGCCCGUCUAUGUCGCAGCUGGUGCUGCCGGCGAGGAUCAAGGCAAGAGAACAUGGACGUUACACGAAGUUAGUAUGGGAUGGAGUCAAUACAGGUUCGGGAACGUGAGUGCUUGA